AUGUCUUCAGUAAUGCAUUACUAUCCCAUGCACCAAGCCACAAAAGGUCCAACUGUAUAUACGGCACCAGUUGUGGGAGGUUACAAUAAUAUGAUGUUCCAGCAUAGCCAGCCAAUCUAUCCCACACCCAUGGAUCAGUCGUAUGCCCCCUGCAAUAGCCUAUCCACAGAUGUUGAAAUGCAACGUGCCUCCUCCGAUGAGAGCAUCCCCCAGUCGGAGCCACCACGUACCAAAUUGAAACGUUCUCGCACCGCCUUCACCAGUUCUCAAUUGGUCCAGUUGGAGAGUGAAUUUAAGCGGAAUAUGUAUUUGUAUCGCACCCGACGCAUUGAGAUAGCCCAAAGACUCUCCCUGUGCGAGAGACAAGUUAAAAUUUGGUUCCAAAAUCGUCGUAUGAAAUACAAGAAGGACAUACAAGGACCUCAGGAGUCAAAGACCACAGCAACCAAAAGUUCUCAACCCCUGGCCGAACAAAAUGAGCACAAGGGUAUUGUACAACGUUUAAUGUCUUAUUCGCAGGAUCCAAAUUUGCAACAGGCUGAAAAACGUUCGUAUAGCAAGGCUUUUCCCAAAAACUCUUCCGGGGCCAAAGUGGCUGCGCUAACAAAAGCCAAGGAGGUAGCCACACACAAUGCACAGCCUAAAAUAGUAGCCCCUGCACAGUUACCACCUCAACCCUCAUUCACCCCAGAUUUGAGUGAAAUUUUGGAUCAUCUUUCGGAAAGCUCCCCUGCGAGUAGCCAAAACUCCUCAACAACUUCCUUGAAUACCUCCUCUUCGUAUUCCUCCUAUAAUUUGGAUAUGGUACUGCAAUCCAUUAAACGGGACUUGGAAAUGUCUGCCCAGGCAUGGUCUAGAAACACUCAACAAGGCCAGAACUGGUCUAGUGUUCCAAGUGUCACACCCACACCUUCCCUGAAUGUCAGCUGGGGAGAACCAGCUGCCAAGUCCACGAAAUUCAAUCGUGCCCAUGUUAAUGCUUCCUCGACUAUGGUCAUUGGCAAUAUGUUAAAUUCCCCUUUGGUAACUAUGGUCUCACCGCCGUCCCCCAUCUGCAGCUCCGGCAUCACCUCCACCCCAGGUCUCCUGUCGCCCACUUCUUCCAUUGACUCAAAGGGAAGCUGUACCAAGGCAAAGCGUAUACGCACCGCUUUUACCAGCAAACAACUUAUUGAAUUGGAACGUGAGUUUCAUCUCAACAAAUAUCUGUGCCGCCCCAGGCGUAUUGAAAUAGCCGAUCGUUUGGACUUGAGUGAACGCCAAGUGAAAAUCUGGUUCCAAAAUCGUCGCAUGAAGAGCAAAAAAGAUGCUAAUCGUGGUUCCAGGAAUUGCCAUACAUUACGUUCCUCCCAAACACCAAUUGUGAAUGGCGAUGUAAAUAAGGAUAACGAUCAUCUGCCUGCUUUUUUAAGCGAUAAUAUUGAUAUAAUAAAGACAGAACCCAAUAGUGCAGCCAACUCUUGCAACUACCUGCCGUCUGUAAUGAUCAAACAAGAACAUUCUGAAAUUCCCAAUCAAUUGGCUGCUGUUAGCUUUCCUCAGGCAUCACCUUCGAAUUUAAACGAUUCCAUUUAUGUGAACACAGAGCAUCAUAAUUAUCAAGCUGCUUUGGAUUCUCCACCCGCUUCAAUGGAAUAUUUUGCCUCGGAUUCUGCAUUUUAUUCAUCUGCCGAUUCUUCGCUAUUCGAUGAUUUGCAAGUCCUACCCAGUUUCCAGAAUGAAAAGGAUGUUUUGAAUUUCCUUAUGUCCGAAGAGAUGCCUAGCUUCGAUAACAGCCAAUGCAACAAAUUGCAGAGUACAGCUUCAACUUCAUUUUCUAAUGCAUCAUCCCUAUCGAAUUCAGCCUCCUCAAGUUUUUGUUCCUUAGAUUUUGAUAUGGAUUUUGAUUUUGUGCAAAAUCUUUUGGAUAUGUAA